AUGUAUGGGGUUCAUUGUGAGGUCUUCACAGAUAAUCGGAGUCUUUGGUACAUCUUCAGGCAGAGGGAUCUAAACUUGAGGCAACACAGACUGCUUGAGCUACUAAAGGACUACGACAUCACCAUCAUGUAUCAUUCACAUAAGGCUAAUGUGGUGACCAAUGCUCAGAGAAUGAAGACUUCUAGCAUGGGGAUUCUUUCCGCUAUUAGUGGAUUUCUGAGGAGACGGGUGGUUUCCCAAGUUGAGCAGAUUCACGAGCGUCAGUUUGAUAACGAAAAGUGUCUCAUUCGAGACAAGGUGAUGAGAGGGGAAGCCAAUGAGGUUGUCCUUGAUUCUGAUGGUGUCUUGAUGAUUCGGGGUAGGAUCUGUGUGCCCAAGGUCAAGUGUGAGCACCAACGACCCAGAGGUAUAUCUCAGAGGAUGUAUAUUCCUACUUGGAAGUGGGAACAUAUUAUUAUGAGCUUUAUUGUGAGGCUACCUACCACCAUGGGUGGUUAUGAUUCUAUUUGGUUGGUUGUGGACAUGUUGACCAAGUCCGCUCAUUUCAUUCCGAUUCGGGUGAAGUAUACAAUGGAGAAGUUAGUUGAGCCUUAUAUCAGUCAGAUUGUGCGACUACAUGGUGUCUCAAUUUUUAUUGUCUCUGAUUGA